ACUGCACCACGGGAACUCCGCCUGUACUCUUUUCAUUUGUUUUUGUUUUUUUGUUUUUGUAUUUUGUAUUUUGGCGUAAAGUUAUACAUCUCCUGUUCCUAAUAUAGGAGGAAUAGGAAAUGAAAUGGAAUGGAAAUGGCAUAUAUGCUCAUUUAAUACCUACAGGUGAAUUGGUUUGAUAAAAUUAUUUGGAAUUUGCUGCUGCUUAUUGCUCUUAACACUGGCUAGAGCUUUCCCUCAGUGGAGCCAGAAUAUGGAAGAGAUAAAAAUAAAAAUAGUCAACUCUAGCUUACUAGAGAUGUACUCAUUAAAGGAGCCUUCAAAAUGGCUACUCUCCCUUGCGUGGAGUAAAAUAACAAUAAGAGCAAGAUCCUGGCAGAGAGACUUGAAUGGUCUGAUAGAGCACAGUGGAGUGCUUUGGAGGUUCCUACAAGUUCUGGCCCACAGUUGGCCAUGUGUGGUAGAACUAGAAGUCUGUUCAUACACUCAGUCUUCUUUCUUUCUUUUUCUUCUCUUUUGUAUAUAUAUGGUAAAAAGCAUUCAAAAAGCACUAAAGUCUCCCUCAUUCCCAUGCCAAUAACCUGUCACCCCUGGUGGCCACAUCACUAGUUAACAGAUAUAUUCAGCCUUUGGUUAUCCCAGGGGCGGGUGCCAGUUUUCCACUUUGGAAUAUUCACUCUUUAAGACUGGUCUUAUCGCAGUGAUCCUUUCUACUGGUUUCGGUUGUCUGCUGUAGCAUUUUUCGUAAUAGAUGGUAAGAUUUUGAAAUCAGUCUUGCAGUUAUAACACUUUCAUAACUCUCAGUCCUUGAGUAUGGAGUUUUAGAAAGUCACAUACAUGAAGAAGAUUUAAGGGGAAGUGUAAAAGUUUUAAGGUCAAGAUAACUUGAACAUAAGUAAAAAAAUUUUCAUUCAUAUUAAGUAGACAAACUUAAGUAUGCAAACUUAAUUAUGUUGUAUAUAAAUGAUUUUCUUUAUCCAUUUCUGUUUUUUUAAUGAGGAUAAUAAAACAUCCCAGUUUUUACUGAUUAAAUACUAUAUAACUGACUGUAAUACUCAAAGCCAUUAUUUUGUCGAAUGAUAGUCUUACCACAUGGAGUUUCUCUGAAUAAAAGGGUUGAUUUCUUUAAAUAGUAUAUAUAAUAAAAAUGAUAAAAAUGUAUGCACAUAUGCUAUAGUGCAGGCUGAGUGAUAACUCCUAAUGUUCUUAAUUUGACGCUAAAGCAGAUAAUUGCAAUAUCUUUCCUAAUUAUAACUUAUUUUAUUAUAGCUAUCUCAUUGUUUUGUAACAUACCAAAAUGUAUAAUUAUACAAAGACUGUACUUCACAAAUGUAAAUACAAUUUUGGUUUGGUGUAUAUUGGAUACAAUGGUCUUCCUUAAGCCUAAACACAGAAACAAAAGCAUGUAUUAUAAGAGAAAGUUCAAGAUGGGAAGUGAUAAAAUGGGUAUUGAGUAGAGCUUUGUUAAAAUUUAGCUGGUAUCCUUGUAAAAUUUCCAUGUAUUCAUUAAAUUAUAUUAUGUCAUUCUUAUUGUUAGGAGCUGACUUGAAGUGUUAAGUUGUUGCCUGCAACAGUUAUCACAGUUUGGUUACUGAAGUUGGGAGAUGGAGUUUUUUUUCAGUUUUUUACACAAAUAUUGUAUAGAUAUUAAAAUGAACAUUGUACAGUGAGUAAAGUUAGGGUUUUAUAUUUAUUAGGGCACAUUUUAUUUCAGAUAUAAAGGUAAAACUCCUGAAUUGCAGAAGGUCGUUUUAAUUGCUGUGAAUACUGCACAGUUGACAAGGAAAUAAUAUUCAUAAUGCUGGCUUUGUAUUUAUACUGUAGACUCUUUAAAACACCCUUUGCUUUGAGGUCCUGAAGAUGGGAUUUAUCAAAUCUUUAUUUAACAUGGGUAGAUAUGUUUAAUUCUCAGGAAAAAACUCUAGAACUGCAAAACAAAGUGGGAUGAUUUAUUUUGUUUUUCAACAGUACAAGGUGGCCCAAAAGUCUUACUGCAGUUUUAAUUUUUAAAACUUUAGAAGUACAUAUUGCAAACUUAUAAAAAUAUCGUUUGAGAAUUUUUAUACUUAUUUAGUUUUGUGAAUUUUGAAUAAAACAUUUAAAAUUUUGUCUUUUUACUUUUGUCAACCUAAAGUUGGCAAAGAGCAACUGAAGGGAAAAAGUAAAUGAAAAAAUAUUAUUCAGAAUUACUUUGCUUGAGGUUUUACUUGAAGAUCAUUCUCUAAAUCACCUUGUGAAAUUACCUACUUUGGAAUUCUAGGCACAUACAUAGAAUACCCUAAAAAACAAACACCCCCCCCCCCACACAUACUAUUAUAAUACUAUUGUUACAGCUCAUGAGAAACUCAGGUUUGAAGGGAAGAUGAAAGAUGCCUUAGGUUUCGGCAUUUCUAUGCUUGUUGAGGCCUACUCAUCUUGUUUUAGGAAGUGAGAUCUGAUUUACUCUCAUCUUAGAUUAAAUGGUUCUUAGAAAUUAUAUAAUGUGAAAAAAAUGAGUAAACUUUGUAAAAAUUAGCAUUAGAUUUAGUGAGAUUUAUUUCUGAUACCUUCACUUUGGUCUGUGCUUCUGUUUUUACUCACACAAAAAGUCUAGUUCAUUGUAAAUGCAAGGAAGGGUUUGGUUAAGCACAAUACCCUAUAAGCUGCUUGCUUUUUAGAUAAUAUCAAGGCUCAGGCAUGCACGUGGAAUUGAGACUUCAGUGUGCAGUGGCAGUCAGCUGGCAGAAGGUCUGUCUUCUGAAAAGCCAUUUAUAAUUUGUGAAUUAAGAAAUCUUAAAUUUUAAUCAUUUUGAGAGCAGUUCUAAAAGAACCAAACAAAUAUGUGGCAGAAGAUUCUCAUUUGAAUGGAUUUUUAUGCUUAGUUUUAUUUUAUUUUUAAUAUUAAGAUUCUGCUUUUGAAAGCUCUUCUAAUAUCAGCACUCAGAAGAAAUGAUGAUAUAGUGCUAUUGUUAUCUUCAAUCCUUCUGAAGCACAGGACCUUCCCAACCAUUGUAGAUAUGGACAAAGAAGAAAGGAAGACUAUCAACCAGGGUCAAGAAGAUGAAAUGGAGGUUUAUGGCUAUAAUUUGUGUCGCUGGAAGCUUGCCAUAGUUUCUCUAGGAGUGGUGUGUACUGGUGGCUUUCUUCUCCUCCUCCUCUAUUGGAUGCCCGAGUGGCGGGUGAAGGCGACCUGUGUUAGAGCUGCAGUUAAAGACUGUGAAGUGGUGCUGCUGAGGACUACUGAUGAAUUCAGAAGGUGGUUUUGUGCAAAAAUUCGCUUUCUUUCUCUGGAAACCCCCCCAUUUUCAAUUCCAAAAUCUAUGGCUAAUAAGAUUUCCAAUGGCCAUGCUGUUCACUUAACUGAAAAUCUGGCUGAAGAAAAUAGGUUUGAGAUCAGUAAAUAUUCACAGAUUCAAUCACAACAGAUGCGAUACUUCACACACCAUAGUGUAAGAUACUUUUGGAAUGAUACCCUUCACAAUUUUGAUUUCUUAAAGGGACUGGAUGAAGGUGUUUCUUGUACGUCAAUUUAUGAAAAGCAUAGUGCAGGACUGACAAAGGGGAUGCAUGCCUACAGAAAAUUGCUUUAUGGAGUAAAUGAAAUUGCUGUGAAAGUGCCUUCAGUUUUUAAGCUUCUAAUUAAGGAGGUUCUCAACCCAUUUUACAUUUUCCAGCUGUUCAGUGUUAUACUCUGGAGCACAGAUGAAUACUACUACUAUGCUGUAGCCAUUGUGAUUAUGUCUGUAGUAUCAAUUAUAAGCUCCCUGUAUGCUAUUAGAAAGCAAUAUAUUAUGUUGCAUGACAUGGUGGCAGCUCACAGUACUGUGAGAGUUUCAGUUUGCAGAGUAAAUGAAGAAAUAGAAGAGAUCUUUUCUACAGACCUUGUGCCAGGAGACGUCAUGGUCAUUCCAUUAAAUGGGAUAGUCAUGCCUUGUGAUGCAGUGCUUAUUAGUGGGACUUGCAUUGUAAAUGAAAGCAUGUUAACAGGAGAAAGUGUUCCAGUGACAAAGACUAAUUUGCCAAAUCCUUCAGUGGGCAUAAAAGGAAUGGGAGGUGAAUUAUAUAGUCCAGAAACACAUAAACGACACACUUUGUUUUGUGGGACAACUGUUAUUCAAACUCGUUUCUAUACUGGAGAACUCGUCAAAGCUGUAGUAGUUAGAACAGGAUUCAGUACUUCCAAAGGACAGCUUGUCCGCUCCAUAUUGUAUCCCAAACCAACUGAUUUUAAACUCUACAGAGAUGCCUACUUAUUUCUACUGUGUCUUGUGGCAGUGGCUGGCAUUGGCUUCAUCUACACUAUUGUCAAUAGCAUUUUAAGUCAAGAACAGGUUGGGGUGAUCAUUAUCGAGUCCCUUGAUAUCAUCACAAUUACUGUGCCACCUGCACUUCCUGCUGCAAUGACUGCUGGCAUUGUGUAUGCCCAGAGAAGACUGAAGGCAGUUGGUAUUUUCUGUAUCAGUCCCCAAAGGAUAAACAUCUGUGGACAGCUGAAUCUUGUUUGCUUUGACAAGACUGGAACUCUUACUGAAGAUGGUUUAGAUCUUUGGGGGAUUCAACGAGUGGAAAAUACACGUUUUCUUUUGCCAGAAGAAAAGGUUUGCAAUGAGAUGUUGGUAAAGUCUCAGUUUGUUGCUUGUAUGGCUACUUGUCAUUCACUUACAAAAAUUGAAGGAGUGCUCUCUGGUGAUCCACUUGAUUUGAAAAUGUUUGAAGCCAUUGGAUGGAUUCUGGAGGAAGCAACUGAAGAGGAAACAGCACUUCAUAAUCGAAUUAUGCCCACUGUGGUUCGUCCUCCAAAACAGCUGCUUCCUGAAUCUACACCUGCAGGAAACCAAGAAAUGGAGCUGUUUGAACUUCCGGCUGUUUAUGAGAUUGGCAUUGUUCGCCAGUUCCCAUUUUCUUCAGCUUUGCAACGAAUGAGCGUGGUUGCGAGGGUGCUGGGGGACAGGAAGAUGGAUGCUUACAUGAAAGGGGCACCGGAGGCUGUUGCCAGUCUUUGUAAACCUGAAACAGUUCCUGUUGAUUUCGAAAAAGUUUUAGAAGAUUACACCAAACAGGGUUUCCGUGUGAUUGCUCUUGCCCACAGAAAAUUGGAGUCGAAACUGACAUGGCAUAAAGUACAGAAUAUUAGCAGAGAUGCCAUUGAGAACAACAUGGAUUUUAUGGGAUUAAUUAUAAUGCAGAACAAAUUAAAGCGAGAAACCCCUGCAGUACUUGAAGAUUUGCAUAAAGCCAACAUUCGCACUGUAAUGGUCACAGGUGACAACAUGUUGACUGCUAUCUCUGUGGCCAGAGACUGUGGAAUGAUACUACCUCAGGAUAAAGUUAUUAUUGCUGAAGCAUUACCUCCAAAGGAUGGGAAAGUUGCUAAGAUAAAUUGGCAUUAUGCAGAUACCCUAACACAAAGUACUGAUUCAUCAGCAAUUGACUCGGAGGCUAUUCCAAUUAAAUUGGUCCAUGAUAAUUUAGAGGAUCUUCAGGUGACUCGUUAUCACUUUGCAAUGAAUGGAAAAUCAUUUUCAGUGAUACUGGAGCAUUUUCAAGAUCUUGUUCCUAAGUUGAUGCUGCAUGGCACUGUGUUUGCUCGUAUGGCUCCUGAUCAGAAGACGCAGUUAAUAGAAGCUUUGCAAAAUGUAGAUUACUUUGUUGGGAUGUGCGGUGAUGGUGCAAAUGAUUGUGGUGCUCUGAAGAGGGCACAUGGAGGCAUUUCCUUAUCAGAGCUCGAGGCUUCGGUGGCAUCUCCCUUUACCUCCAAAACUCCUAGUAUUUCCUGUGUGCCAAACCUCAUCAGGGAAGGCCGUGCUGCUUUAAUGACUUCCUUCUGUGUGUUUAAAUUUAUGGCUUUGUACAGCAUUAUACAGUACUUCAGUGUUACUCUACUGUAUUCUAUCUUAAGUAACCUAGGAGACUUCCAGUUUCUCUUCAUUGAUCUGGCAAUCAUUUUGGUAGUGGUAUUUACAAUGAGUUUAAAUCCUGCCUGGAAGGAACUUGUGGCACAAAGACCACCUUCAGGUCUUAUAUCUGGGGCCCUUCUCUUCUCCGUUUUGUCUCAGAUCAUCAUCUGCAUUGGAUUUCAAUCUUUGGGGUUUUUUUGGGUCAGGCAGCAGAUUUGGUAUAAAAAGUGGCGUCCACAGUCAGAUGUCUGUGAUACAACAAGAAGCCUAUAUUGGAAUUCUUCAUCUUUGUACAAUGAAACUGACCUUGAUAAACAUAACAUUCAAAAUUAUGAAAAUACCACAGUGUUUUUUAUCUCCAGUUUUCAGUACCUCAUAGUGGCAAUUGCCUUUUCAAAAGGAAAACCCUUCAGGCAGCCUUGCUACAAGAAUUAUUUGUUUGUUGUGUCUGUGAUUAUUUUGUAUGUUUUCAUAUUAUUCAUCAUGUUGCAUCCAGUUGCCUCCAUUGACCGGGUUCUUCAGAUAGUGUGUAUACCGUAUGAGUGGCGUUUAACUAUGCUCGUCAUUGUUCUUGUCAAUGCCUUUGUUUCGAUCGUGGUAGAGAACUUCUUCCUUGACAUGGUCCUUUGGAAAGUUGUGUUCAAUCGAGACAAACAAGGAGAAUAUCGCUUCACCACCACACAGCCGCCACAGGAGUCCGUGGAUUGGUGGGGAAAAUGCUGCUUGUCUUGGGCCCUGAACUGUAGAAAGAGGAUGCCAAAAGCCAAGUACAUGUAUCUGGCUCAGGAGCUCUUGGUUGAUCCGGAAUGGCCACCAAAACCUCAAACAACAACAGAAGCUAAAGCUUUAGUAAAGGGGAAUGGAUCAUGUCAGAUCAUCACCAUAACGUAGCAGUGAAUUUGGUCUCAGUGGUAUUCCAGUAGCAGUAUUGAAGGAAGUAUAAAUGUAAGACUUUAUCUGAUCCUGUGUGUUGGAAUGGCACCCUUUAAAUUUAUGUCCCUUCUGAUACAGGGGCUGACUUGAGAGGUUUUUGUUUUGGGGUUUUUGUUUUUGUUUUUGUUUUUGUUUUUGUUUUAACAAAACAAACAAAAAGAGAUUGGCCUGUCAGUGAAAUUAAUAAUCUCUAAGAUCCUAUACCUUCAUUCAGUAACUAAAUAUUCUUUAUAUUUCCACAAUUUUCUUCAUCAUCACCCUCAGUGACACUCUACAGGGUACAGAAGAAAUUUGGUAUUUGGAAGGUUUUUAGACAUUAGUUUCUAAAGACUUAGUUUAUGCCUUUAAAUUUAUUUUCACAGCCUCUUUAUUAGAAAAGGUCAUCACUUAUAUACAGCCCCUAAAUUUGUGAUUGAGAGAUAAAAUGGGUGUAAGUUAGCCUCCAGUGAAAAUAGGUAGAAAACCUGUAUUCAUUUGAUUUCAGUAUUUCUCCCAAAGAAAACUGUAUACAUAAACCAGUUCCCUUUGAUAGCCUAGGGUUAGGAGUGAGUUUUAUGGUGUUGCUUAUACAACUCAGGUAAUUUCCAUUUAUGAUUUUAUAUUUUCUGUACAACUGCCUGGGUUUUAUUUUUCUAAACAGCAAGGUGCUUCACUGCCUUCAAGAGAUGUCCCUCAAAGCUAUUAAAUGGAUCUAAUGCUAUGUCUGGUGUCAUUAGUAUAAUUUGCUUUAGUUAAAUGUUGUAGGACCUUUUCAGUAGGAAAAAAGCUUAUAUCUUUUGGCAGUAGAUGUGGAUCUGUCCUUCUAAUAUCUUUUCAUACCUGUUACUUUCAGGUUUUAUAUUAUUUUAAAUGUCUUUAUUUUCUUCUGUGUCUUUAAUUAUGUAAAGACAUAGGAUUAUAGGAUUUUGUCUUGGUUUUUUUUUUUAAUUUAUUUGAGUUAUAAUUUUACUCCUGAAAUUUUAAAGGUUUGAUGUAUGUCUGUCCUAUCAACAAUAAGGCUUAAAAAAAUGAGUGGUUUUGAAAUGAGUGCUCUUUUUCAAAGCAAAAAUGAACUUGGUGAAGUUUGUUUUAUACCAUUAGGUGGCGCCAGAGGUCAGAGCUUACCUGUUUUGGAUUAGAUAAGCAUAUUUGGCUGUGGAAAUUUCUGGGAGGAAAAAAAUUGAAAUAAAGUUAGAAAAUAGACAUUCAUUGAUCAAAAGAAAUGUGAAAAAUAUUUUUUACCUUUCAGUUUUGCCUGGUUAACAUUUAAAUUCUAAACAAAAUUAAGAUAACUUAAAAAUGCUUUUAUAGGUAAGAUACAGCCGUUUGGCAAAGCCCAAAAUUCUCAUAAGCAAGAAAACUGGUAUUGCUGUAAAAUGGGCACUAAACUACUAAAACUCUGUGAUACUAUCCUGUGUUCUUCCUUAAUCAGUAGCAUGCUUGUGCUUUCCACUUCUAGCUGAUCAUUAUUUUCCUGAUGUAUAUUUACCAAAUUGAUCAAAUGUUACCCAGAACUGUAGAACCAUGUGGUUCUCAUUUUUUAUGCUGCAGAGACCUGAUGAUGUUUGGUAACUGCAGAGAAAUGUAAGUUACACUCAGGAUCACUGUUAUUGCUAUGGCCACUGAUGAUUUUUUACACAAAUAUAAUUGAAGUUUUCCAUCAAAAAGUAUGAUACUGUAUUAAUACACACUAGAUGAUAAGAACAGUUGUUCCACGAAUGAUUCUAUGAAGCUAUGCAUCUUAGACCUCUUGAGCUGUGAAUUAGCACUGUUUUCUAUAGUUAUUCUCACAAUCAUUUUAUAAUUUUAUAAUUUCCAUUAAUUUCCAGUGUGUUUGUCUUCGGUGAUCUCCCAGAACUGUAAACUUUCUUCUUUGACUUAAAUACUGAAGCAUAUAAUUAAAGCAAUUGCUAAGUAGCAGCUUAAACUCCAAGUAUCAGAUUGUAUUUAACAUCUUUAGGAGCGUGAUCGUAAAGAGCUCUAUUUUUGACACCCUCCCCCCUUUUUUAACAUUUAGAUUUUAUAAGGGUUUUAUAUCACAUCUGUCCAUAUUUUCAAAGGAAUGAGGUUUUUAGGUAGGUUUAGACACAGUGAGUCGUUCAAGUGAUAAUAGAUGGCUUCCAGAGUGUGGUUUGAAGACUGUCUGUGAAUCCAGGUGGGGGUCUCCGCAGUGCCAUGGAGAGACGGAGUCCUCUCUGUAGGUCGCCAUCACGUAGUCAUUUUGAUCCUGAAUUUCACAUUAAAUUAUUUGAGUGUAUACAGACCUAAAUUUUAAAAUCUGUACAUAUAUUAUUUUGAUGUAUUAAGAUUAAUAAAUAUUGCUUAUUUAAAUUUUAUUUAUGCACAUACUUAUAAAGGACAGGAAUGUCCAGGAAAGUAAUUAAUUGUUAAAUAAUAUGUAACUUUUUAACUUUUUAAAGAAAUAACAAGAUUUUUAAUGUGUGUCUCCCUCAGGGUUGUUUAAAGUUGUUUUUUUUUCCUCCCUAAAAUAUAAAUAGUGGUAACUAUAUGUUUUGUAUCUUCUAGCACCAACUGCUGUAAAGCAAUGCUGCAAAUAAUGCUUGAAUAAAAAUGGCUAAGCCAACAACAAAA